GCGAGGGAGAGGGCGGUCUGGUCGGAGCAGGGAGGAGGCAAGGCAGCACUCGUCGGCAUCGGUCCCUUCCGUGAUAGGGAGCGGGCGGGCGGCCGGCCAGGCAGGGAGGAGAGAGUGGGCGGGGUGGCGAGCGAACCCGAGCAGCAGCAAAAAGAAAACAGUAAAACAGAAUUUCCUUGGAGGGCCGCGGAAAUGCUGGAGCGCCGACCGCUUGUGAGAGGAGCCGCCGUCGCGCUGUCGGAUCCCAGCGGCUGAGGAGGGACGAAGGGAGCGCGAUCGCGACAUGUUCCGCUGCGCGAUCAACCGAUGGGAACAAACACAAAUGCUAGAGGAACUCAGCAGGUCAGGCAGCAUCUAUGGAGAAAUGUCAAUGGUUCAGGCCGAGACCCUUCAUCAGCAACGAGGAAGCAAAGUGUGCUGGUGAGGAAAAACGAGUUGAUAGCCGCACAAUUUAUGUCGGACACCGUCAGAUUCCUGGAAUAGAAACGUUUCUCCCUCAGAAUUUUUGUGACAACAGAAUAAUUUCUUCAAAGUACACAUACUGGAAUUUUAUUCCAAAAAAUUUGUUUGAACAGUUCCGAAGAAUUGCAAAUUUUUACUUUCUUAUCAUAUUCCUUGUACAGGUUAUUGUUGAUACUCCAACCAGCCCAGUAACAAGUGGACUCCCUCUCUUUUUUGUGAUUAUUGUCACUGCCAUCAAACAAGGCUAUGAGGACUGGCUCAGACAUAAAGCGGACAAUUCUGUGAAUAAAAGUCCUGUCUAUAUUGUAAAUAAUGGACGUAUUCUGCAAAAACAAAGUGAAAAGAUCCAGGUGGGAGAUAUUGUAUGUGUGAAGGAGGAUGAGACGUUUCCAUGUGAUCUUAUCCUUCUAUCUUCAAGCAGGGAUGAUGGUACCUGCUAUGUUACCACUGCUAGUCUUGAUGGAGAGUCAAGCCAAAAGACAUAUUUUACUGUGCCGGACACCAGUGCAUUCCGUACAGACAUGGAAAUAGAUUCUUUGAUUGCCACAAUAGACUGUGAACAGCCUCAGCCUGACCUUUACAAGUUUGUUGGACGAAUUCAUGUUUUCAGUGACGAACAAGAGCCAGUGGCAAGAUCAUUGGGUCCAGAGAACCUAUUGCUCAGGGGAGCCACCUUGAAGAACACUGACAAAAUAUAUGGUGUGUCUAUAUAUACUGGGAUGGAAACCAAAAUGGCAUUGAACUACCAAGGAAAAUCGCAGAAACGAUCAGUGGUGGAGAAGUCUAUUAACGUGUUUUUAAUUGUAUAUCUGGGCAUAUUGAUCAGUAAAUCUUUGAUAGGCACUGCAAUGAAGUACAUCUGGCAACUUGACCCUGCAAAUGAUGAACCAUGGUAUAGCUUAAAAACAGAUAAAGAAAGGGAUACAAAUAAGUUUGUCAAGAUGUUCACUGACUUCCUCUCCUACAUGGUACUCUUCAACUUCAUCAUUCCUGUCUCUAUGUAUGUUACUGUGGAGAUGCAGAAAUUUUUGGGGUCUUACUUCAUUACCUGGGAUAAAGACAUGUAUGAUGAUCAUUUGGGUGAAGGUGCACUGGUGAACACAUCGGAUCUUAAUGAAGAGCUGGGUCAGGUUCAGUAUGUGUUCACUGAUAAAACGGGAACCCUGACAGAAAACAACAUGGAAUUUAUUGAAUGUUGUAUAGAUGGAUUCAAGUAUAGACACAUAGGAAAUGCAGUGUCUGUUGUGGAUGGUCUUUCUUCAACUGACGGCCUUCAUAGUGACAUCUGUGGGAUGGCUGGAAAGGAAAAAGAAGAGCUGUUCCUUCGUGCGUUGUGUUUAUGCCACACGGUUCAAGUGAAAGAGGAGGACAAAGUAGAUGGCUUGGUAAAACAGCAAGAGAGCGAGUGCACGUAUACUGCAUCUUCUCCCGAUGAAGUCGCAUUAGUGCAAGGUGCUAAAAAGUUGGGCUUCACGUUCAAAGGACUGGAGAAAAACUGGAUGAAAAUACAGAACAGAGCCAAAGAAAUUGAAAUGUAUGAACUUCUGCAGGUUCUUAGCUUCGACGCUGUUCGUCGACGCAUGAGUGUGAUUGUGAAAGAUCAUACAGGGAAAAUUUUCCUUUUCUGUAAGGGAGCAGACUCCUCAGUUUUUCCAAAGGUGAAUGCUGGAAAACAAGAGGAAAUAAAGAUGCACCUGGAACACAGUGCCAUGGAUGGUUUAAGAACGCUCUGUGUCGCUUAUAAAGAACUUGCUCAGGACGAAUAUGACCAGAUCAGUGCACAGCUCCAUGCUGCCAAAAUGGCCCUAAAGGACAGAGAGGAAAAACUAGCUGAAGCUUACGAAAGUAUUGAAAAUGAUUUGCAUUUAAUUGGGGCAACAGCGGUGGAAGACAAACUCCAAGAACAAGUUGCAGAAACUAUUGAAGCCUUGCAUUCUGCAGGUAUGAAAGUUUGGGUGCUCACUGGGGACAAGAUGGAAACAGCAAUGGCCACAUGUUUUGCCUGCAGACUUUUUCAUACCAAUAUGAAGCUUUUAGAGCUGACAACCAAACACAUUGAGGAAUAUAGAGCAAGAGGCACGGAGAAAGUGCACGAACUGUUACUGGAGCUCCAUAAAGUGGUUGUCCAAGAUAAAAGAUGUUCUUCCGCAAGCCUUUUAAGAAGUUGGUCUGUUACGCAGAAAUAUGGCUUGAUCAUUGACGGUGCUGCUCUGUCACUAAUAUUGAAACCAACCCAAGAUGGCGGUUCGAGUAACUACAAAAGUCUAUUGUUACAAAUAUGCCAGAGAUGUACAGCUGUCUUGUGUUGUCGCAUGGCACCGUUACAGAAAGCACAGAUUGUAAAAAUGGUGAAAAACACAAAAGAACGCCCCAUAUCUUUAGCCAUUGGUGAUGGUGCAAAUGAUGUCAGUAUGGUUCUGGAGGCACAUGUUGGAAUUGGUUUGAAGGGCAAGGAAGGACGUCAAGCAGCCAGAAAUAGUGAUUAUGCAAUACCAAAGUUUAAACACCUACAGAAGCUCCUGCUUGUCCAUGGACAUCUGUACUACAUCCGGAUAGCACAACUUGUGCAGUAUUUCUUCUACAAGAAUCUUUGCUUCAUUUUACCUCAGUUUUUAUACCAAUUCUUCUGUGGAUUUUCACAGCAGCCACUCUAUGAUGCAACUUAUCUCACUCUUUAUAAUAUCAGCUUCACUUCUCUGCCAAUCCUGCUGUACAGCCUGCUGGAACAACAUAUAAACAUUGAAAGGCUGAGAAAAGAGCCCUCCCUCUACAGGAACAUUACCGAUAAUGCAUUGCUUCAGUGGAAGCCUUUCCUUUAUUGGACCAUCCUUGGACUCUUCAAUGGGCUAGUCUUUUUCUUCGGAGCAUAUUUUCUUUAUGAUAAUUCAUUAUCUUCAGGGAAGGGGCAGAUUUAUGGAAACUGGACUUUUGGUACAAUUGUCUUUACAGCUUUAGUAUUUACAGUUAAUUUUAAGCUGGUAUUGGAUACUCGGUACUGGACAUGGCUGAACCACUUUGUAAUAUGGGGCUCUCUAGCCUUUUUUGUCAUUUUCUCUUUCUUUUGGGGUGGCAUUAUAUGGCCAUCCCUAAAACAACAGAGAAUGCAUUUCGUGUUUGCACAGAUGCUGACGUCUGGUUCAGCAUGGCUGACUAUAAUUUUAUUAAUAACUGUUAGUUUGGUGCCUGAUAUUGUGGUAAAAAUCUUGAGCAAACCUGGCAGAAGGCAGUUCCAGAUAUGUCAUGAUAUACAACCCUGAGAUUAAUUUUCUUGUGGACAUUCACCGUAAAUACAAAGAAAUCCAGUGAAAUCAAUGAAAACCCGCACACAACAAACACGGACGACUGAUGUGCAAAAGGCAAUCAAUUGUGCAAAUACAUAAAAAGAAGUAAAAAUAAACAACUAAUAAAUAUUGAUAAUGUGUUUAUGUCCUUUAAAAGUGAGUCCAUAGAUUGAGGGAAUAGUUCAGUGUUGGGGUGAGUGAAAUUGAGUGAAGUUAUUCCCUCUGGUUCAAGAGCCUGAUGGUUGGGGAGUAAUAACUGUUCCUGACCCUGGUGUUUGGGUUCUGAGAGCCACCAUACAGUAUUUAUUCUCUGUUGUAUGGUGGCAGUCCAGUAGUUUAAGUGGCACUGGAUCUGCAAGCUGCCAUCAAGCUGUCAAAAGCAGAUUUCUGCCAUUUAUGGGAAUAUUUACUCGCUGAGAAAAAAAGGAGAAUUUAUAAGAAAGGAAAUAAACCCUAAAUAGAUUAUCUAUACUCACAGGUAGCGCAAUGAGUAACUAUGGAAAAGAAGGUCAUUGUAAGAGAUUAAUUACGUCUGGUAAUUGUAGAGCUUUCCUUCCUGAUAAAUGGAUUCAAUAUAGUGCCACAAUAGCGUUGUGGUUGGUGCCACGCUAUUACAGCUCGAGGCAUCAGAGUUUUAAGUUCAUUUCUAGCAUCCUCUGUAAGAAAGUUUGUAUAUUCUUCCCAUGUGUGUAUGUGUUUCCUUGGGGUGCUUUGGUUUCCUCCCACAGUCCAAAGACAUACCAGUUAGUAAGUUAAUUGGUCAGCUGGUCAUUGUAAAUUGUCCUGUGAUUAGACUAGGGUUAAAUAGGUGGAUUGCUGGGCAGUGUGGUUCAUUGAGCCAGAAAGGCCUGUUACAUGCUUAACUCUAAAUCAAAUAAAACAUGAAGUGUUAGCAUGUUAAAACUAGCACUGAAACCAGGGAAGUCAUAUAUUCUUCACCUUGAAUACGAGAACAAAUGCCCAAAUGCAGUGUUGUAUUUGGCAAGUGAUAGGUUAUCAUCUAUUUGAUGUCGCAUUAGAUUUUGUAAAGUGUGGCGAUAUAAUUUAAGCAAUACUAUUGUUCAUUCCUUCAUUUCAUUUUUCAUAUGCAUUUUAAAUACAAGUUCAGUGUAAAGUUUUAUGUAUGUGCCUUGGUAUUGUAUGUGCUUGGCUAUUUGCUUUGUCGAUCAUGCCUCACACUAACAGUAUAUUCAGUUUUUAAGAGUCUACAGUGCAAAAGAAACCAUCAUUGAUUUGUUUCCUAAUUCUAUUGAUUUUAGGUUGAUAGAUAAUGUCAACAUGGCAGAAGCUGACUACUGUUGAAACUGGCUGGAUAUAUAAGUCACUUAUUUUCCAUUGUGGUUCUCCCAUGAUCAUAUUACUAGUUAUUAGAUGUAUUUUAACACAGAAUAGCUAGAGCAAACAAUGCCUCGAUGGGGAAAAGAUGGAUGGCAUGCAGCAAAACUGCCUUACUUGUCCAAAAUUCAAAGUAAAUUUAUUAUCGAAGAACUUAUAUGUCACCCUAUACAACCCUGAAAUUCAUUUUCUUGCAGGCAUUCACAGUAAAUACAAAGAAACAAUAGAAUCAAUGAAAAACUGUACACAUGAUGGACAAAUGAUGCAAGGGCAAAAAAAAGAAUAAGAAACAGUAAUAAAUACAUAAAUAAAUAAGUAAUACUGAGAACAGGAGUUGUAUAGAUCAUUGACAGUGAGUCCAUAGGUUGUGGAGUCAGUUCAGUGUGAGGUGUGUGAAGUUACUCACACUGGUUCAAGAGCCUGGUGAUUGAGGGGUAAUAACCAUUCCUGAACCUGGUGGUGUGAGUCCUGAGGUCCUGUACCUCCUUCCUCGCCUCGUGGCAGCAGUAAGAAGAGAGCAUGGCCUGAAUGAUGGGGGUUCUUGAUGAUGUACGUUGCUUUUCUGCGACAGUGCUCGUGUAGAUGAUUGAGUUGUAACACCAAGCUGGACAAGCAUGAGAGCUCUGAGCUUGGGAACUAGUGUUAGCUAAUACACAAAAAAAAUCUCAAAACUCAGCAGAUUAGUCAUCAUUUAUGCAGAGGAAUAAACACUCGAUGUUUCAAGCUGAGACCCUUCAGUGUGCCUGUUGGACCAGACCAAUGCUAUUAUAGCUCAGGGCAUUUCAGAGUUCAAUUCUAGCACUAUUCUGUAAGAAGUCUCUGUACAUCCUCCCCAUGAAACACCUGGCUUUCCUUGGAUCCUCCAGUUUCAUCUCACAGUCCAAAGACAUAGCCGGUAGAUUAAUAGGUCAUUGUAAAUUGUCCCGUGGUUAGUUGAGGUUGUGGGAUUGCUGGGGUGGUGUGGCUGAAGGACUAGAAGGGCCAGUUCUGCACUACGUCACUAAAUAAGUAAAUCAGGACUGGACUGACAAGAGUCUCAGCCCAAAAUAUUGACUAUUUAUUUCUCUCCAUAGAUGUUGUCUGACCAGUGUCAUGCUGCUUGAGUUCCUUCAGUAUUUUGUGUGUGUUGCUCUGAAUUUGCAAGGAUGUUGCUGGGGCUUGAGGAUUUAAGUACAGGGAAAGGUUGAAUAGGUUGGAGCUUGUUUCCUUGAAGCGUAGAGGAUUGAGGGUGGAAUUAGUAAAGGUGUACAAAAUUGAAGGGUAUAAAUAGCAUAAACACAAGCAGGCCUGUCAGAUUUCCACAGUUCCAUUUGUUUUAGUAAGAUUUCAGCCAUUCUCUUCCCCCAACGGCCUACCUUUCUUCUAAAUAAUAAUGAUCAUAGGCCCAACCUGCUCAGUCAGUCCUCGUGAAACAUCACUUUCAGCUGAGCAAUCCAGCAGGCUCCAAUUAGUCAUUAGGAUGUCACUGAAUCAGAUGUCAGGACUAGCGAUUCUUCCCAAACAACCAUGUAACUUGUAAUUGGCAGAUUAAUCAGAAGAAGAUUGCUCUAGUUAUUGUCAUAGAGUAGUACAGCACAGAAACGGGCCCUUUGGCCCAUCUAUUAAUCUGUCUAGUCCCAUUGACUUGCACCUGGACCAUAGCCCUCCAUUCCCCUCCCUCUUCACAGUCCUGUAUGAGAAAGUAGUCUGAACUUGAUCUGGUUAAAUACCUGCAGGAAAACGCGCCCACUUAGGCAACCUAAAAUCUGUCCUUGGGUAUAUGAAAGUAUAUCACGCAGUCUAAGGACAAAACUGAUCCUGAGGCCACUGAGUGAUUUGAAAACUCUUGGUAAAUGCCAUUUCAGUCCUCAAACUGAACAUUUGAAAAUUAUGUUGAUCGUAAGCAGCAUGUGAUUUAAAAAAUAUACCUCUAUUGGCAAAAAUAUUAAAAUGUAACUGCAUCUAUAUGCUUAAUCAAGGUCAUAUCAAUUUACCCACUGCAGUUAAUGUUGUACUGACAGUAUGGCAGCAUGGGGGAUUACUUUUUGUGAAAGUCCAUUCAAAAUCCCACAAAAUAUAAACUGCCAUUUAAAAUCAGCCUAGGUUGCAAGAUAAAAAAAUGAAUUGGAUUAAUAAGAAUUAGAUUAUUUGUUUAAAAACUUUAAUAACAGACUUUAACACUAAUAACCUUUGAUCAAGAGACUUCAGUAACACCUGGUCAUUAUAUCAUGAACCAUUUACUGCAUCAUACUAUUGUAGUGCUGGAUAAAACUAUGCUUUUAAUGGACAAAUUUAGCACAAGAUUCUUAUGAACCAGUUGACCAUUAGGCAACAUGCACAAAAUGCUGGAUGAGCUCACUAGGUCAGACAACAUCCAUGGAGAGGAAUAAACAGUUGAUGUUUCAGGCCCAGACGUUUCAUCAGAUUUCCAGCACCUGCAGAAUCUCUUGUGUUUAUGACUAGUAGGUAAAGUGGUAUGGAUCUUCAGUCAGCAAAUCACCAUAUUGAUCGUUGAUGAAAGGAAAGGCUCAACUAUGAUCUUAAUAUCUAGCCAAUUGGUCUAUAUCCAGUAAUUAAUUUGUAGCUUUUUUCAACUAUAAUAUAUAGUGACACAAAUGCUAGAGGGAACUCCGCAGAUCAGGCAGCAUACAUUGAAAGGAACAAACAAUUAAAGUUUCGGGCCAAGGCCCUUCUUCAGAACUGGAAAGGAAAGGGAAAGAUGCCAGAAUAAAAAGGUUGGUGGGGGUGACUGGGAAGGAGGAUCGCUAGAAGGCGAUAGGUGAAGCCAGGUGGGUGUUGAAAGGUAAAGAGCUGGAGAGGAAGGAAUCUGAUAGGGCAGUGAACUCGGAGAAGAUGAGGUGAGGACAGUAUCAAUGACGAAGGAAGGGAAACCCCAUUCUGUGAAGGAAGGGUCCAUCUCUGAUGCCAUCAUCCUGGAAGCAGAUUUGGCAGAGACAAAGGAACUGAGAAAAAGGAAUAGCAUUUUUACAGGAGACAGGAAGGGAAGAGCUAUAGUCAAGAUAGCUGUUGUAUCCCUGGCAGGUUCCCAAGGCUGAACUAUAUAAAAAUAUAGUGAUUUUUAUUUUAAGAAUGUUUGAAAAGUCCAAUGCAAACUUGAUGGUGUUCUUUGAAACUAAAAUGCGUUGAUUCAAACUGUCUCCAAGCUAUUUCAUUGAGCAUAAGUCAGUGAACAAUCUAAGCACUUAUAGCAUGGCACAGAUCUAGAAACCAAAUGGGCUCUAGCUGCUGCCCAAGGUAGAAAUAUGGUUAGAAAUGUUUCAAUGCUCUUAAUAUACAUAAAUUUAUGCAAAACUCCAGAUGGGAAUACUGGUCAGUGAGUGUAAUUAAGUUUAGGGUCACUGACUGCGGCUUUGUUGUUGAAUUCCAUGACAGUUCCCCCAAUUAACGCUUUAAUAUGACCUCCUUCCUUUCCAGUCCUGAUGACGAUCCUGUCCGGAAAUCUCUGGAGUUUCUAAUAUGAUCAAUAUCCUCUUGAGUGAGGUAUCAGCAGAUGAUGCUCAGAAAGAAGGGUUUAUAUGUGCUCUCUUUAACUGGAAAUCCCUAGCUUGUAGUUUCAAAGUGAAGGCAUAGAUUGAUAAAUAGUGAUUUUAGACUUUAAUCAAGCUAUUUUCAUAUUUUAAAGCAUUUUGAUUUAAUUUGCACUUGCACUGCGAGGGGCAUAAUUUAAUGCAAAUUAAACUCAAAGAGAGCCAUCCACUCCCACAUUAACUCAGGGGUUUGUGAAAGGUAUUCAGAUUUAUUUAUAUUGCAAACUUAUGACUAAAAAUGCUCUUCCCGAAAUGGCUGAAGCACCCAGAUAAUUAUAACCUAGCACAAUCUGUGUUAUACAAGUAUUCUAAGUU